AUGGCUUGGAGUAACUUCCAUGUUGGAAAAGACUGUGGCCAUGUCAAAUGGUCCCGAAACAUUACACCCAAAUUGACCGUCUCAUCUGGCCAGACUGUCACAUUUGAUGCCAUUGAUAGCAGCAACGGCCAACUGACACCGAACUCGGAUGCUUCCGCCAUCAAGACAUUGGAUCUCAAUAUCGCCAACCCUGUUUUCGGCCCGAUCUAUGUGCAAGAUGCUCAGCCCGGCGAUGUCCUAAAGGUCGAAGUGCUCAACCUCGAAGUCGCCGACUGGGGUUGGUCUGCUAUCAUUCCCGGAUUCGGUCUUUUGGCCGACGAAUACACAGAGCCUGAGAUCAAGAUCUGGUCUCUCGACCGCGAGAAGGGUUACGCUCAGUUCAAGAACGUGCGGAUUCCUCUCCGGCCCUUCCUCGGAUGCAUGGGGCUGGCCCCUGGUAAUGAUGAAGAGCUCUCAACAGUCCCUCCCACAAACCACGGCGGCAACAUGGACUGCCGUGAACUUAGCGUCGGCUCUACUGUGUACCUACCCGUCCAGACUGCCGGUGCCCUCUUCAGCUGUGGUGACGGACACGCUGCUCAAGGUAUGGGCGAAGUCUGCGGUACUGCCAUCGAAACCCCCAUUCGAGCUACCCUUCGUUUCGAGGUCUGCAAGAACCAGCCUUGGGUGACCGCGCCCCAAUACCAGACCCCACCUCGCUCUCAAAUACCCAACCCACUCCCGGAUCUUGGAACUUAUGGUGCUCUCGGAGUAUCGCCGGACUUGUUCCAGGCCGCGAAGAGCGCCACACAAAACCUCAUUCAGUGGUUGGUCUCCACUAAGGGGCUUACUCGGAGCGAAGCUUAUAUUCUGGCAAGUGUUGCCGGUGACUUGCAAAUUGCGGAAAUUGUCAACGUGCCUAACUUUGAAGUCUCGAUGAGUGUUCCAUUGGGUAUUUUCAACUAA